GUAGGCAUUAAAAUGUACACUUCUCAGUUUUAUUCAGCACUUUUCAACUCCUUACUCUCUUUUCUUGUGCACAGACACCCUCAAACAGGUGUGUGGAGUUCAAUGAAGACACCACAAACAAAGAACGCAAACACAAGCAAAUGAGGAAAGAGACUUGACAGGAACCUUAUGAGAGUGUGCUGAAAGAGCGCAAUGAACUGCGACAAGCGGUUGCCAAAACCAAUGAAAGAAUUGAUCGAAUAGACGUGAAGCUUUCAAUGAUUGUAGAAAUGCUACAGGCGAGAAGUGCCCCUCAGCCUCAAAAGGCACAAAAAAGUGCCCCGCUUCUCGAGCAAGCACAACAGUCCCCUACAGAUCUGUGGGAGGAUGGCCAAGACCUUAAUGGUUUGGAUUACGAAGUUGAACCGUCACACACAGCCCCCACACCACCACCACCAGCACACAUGGACACUACAUCCAAGCCUGCUGCAGACGCACUCCCCACAGCUGCAGACCCAAAAGCCCACACUGCUUUUACUGACAUUGGUGAUGGCAAGUAUCACGUGAAAGACGGCCUCAUGAUUGGAAGCAAGCAGGCGGAAAAAAUCCUGGGCCAUAAAAAACCUCCACUCGUUGUAAAGGAUAUGGCCCAAGCCAUAUGGGGUCGCGAAGGAUUGGCGGAGCGAAGUUAUGGAGGCAAAUUAGCCCCCAAGGAGGCAAAUUAA